GAAAGAAAGAUGGAAAGAGUUACACUGCACAAUAAUAUACACAUUAAUUAUUGACUUUGUUAAGCCACCCCUGUGGGAAAAAUAGUACAGUCCACUCCGCCAGAACAACUGCUCAGUGUGAAUUGAAGAGAUCAGAGUGCACUGAGUUCUGAGAUAGGAGAUGUAAUGCAAUUAUAGUAGGAUCAGCUCACUGCAUUGCUAAUAGUCAAAGGCAGCAGCAUAAGUUGCAGAAGCUGCUGUGCUACAUUUAUACGGCAUGUUCCAGAAGCUGUGUCAUUUCUGCAGAUUCAGUCCAAUCCCUUCUACUAUUUUUUUCAAGCCUACCAGCUGAGGAAACAUGUUAAAGGAUAGAAAGAAGAACAUUGCUAUUAGCAGAGAAGAGAAAAACUGGACUGCUUUGUUAUGUUGUUUUUUCCAGCCCAGAUAAAGUUGUGAAUUGAUGGACCCUUUGGACUUGCACAGGACAGGAAAGAGUUAAAGAUCACAUGGAUAUGCAAAGGUGUCUCAUUUAAGCUCUGGGAAUUUGUUUGUAUUUGUUAUUUGAAGGGAGUAUUAAUGAUUAAACACUGAUGGCCAGCUCCUGGAUUCUGCAUGUCUUGGGACUGCUGCUGACUAUAUCUAAAUGUGUGGUUGAGGGUCAGGUUGAUUCUGAUGAUACAGUUACAAUGGAGGAACAGAUAUAUCUUCUUUGGGAAGCAAAAGAACAGUGUGAACUUAAUAUUACAGUACAGCUGCAAGAAGAAGAUAGUAACUGUAUACCUGAAUGGGAUGGACUGGUUUGUUGGCCUAGAGGAAUACCAGGGAGAAUACUUGCAGUCUCUUGUCCUUCAUAUGUCUAUGACUUUAAUCACAGAGGUCUUGCCUAUAGGCGAUGCAAUAUCAAUGGCACUUGGGAUUUUGUGCACAGGUUAAACAAAACCUUUGCAAACUACACUGAGUGUCUACAUUUCUUAAAACCAGAAAGGAGCCAAGGAAAAAGAGAAUUUUUUGAGCGACUUUAUGUCAUGUACACAGUGGGCUACUCCAUAUCUUUUUGUUCCUUAGCAGUUGCUAUAUUCAUCAUUGGAUACUUCAGGCGAUUACACUGCACCAGGAACUACAUACACAUGCACUUGUUUGUAUCCUUCAUGCUAAGAGCUGGGAGUAUCUUCAUUAAAGAUAAAGUGGUUCAUACACAUAUAGGAGUAAAAGAACUGGAUGCGGUUCUAAUGGGCGAUCUUAUGAUAUCCCCAGUGCUGGACAAAUCUCAAUAUGUUGGAUGUAAAAUUGCAGUUGUAAUGUUCAUAUACUUUUUGGCAACAAACUACUAUUGGAUCCUUGUGGAAGGACUCUACUUGCACAGUCUAAUAUUUGUGGCCUUUUUUUCCGACACCAAAUACCUGUGGGGGUUCACGCUUAUAGGCUGGGGAUUCCCAGCUGUAUUCGUAGUUAUAUGGGCAGUGGCACGGGCAACUUUAGCAGAUGCACGAUGUUGGGAACUUAGUGCAGGUGACAUAAAAUGGAUUUAUCAAGCUCCUAUACUGGCUGCUAUUGGGUUAAAUUUCAUCCUGUUCCUGAACACAGUACGGGUUCUUGCAACUAAAAUCUGGGAAUCAAAUGCAGUUGGUUAUGACACCAGGAAACAAUACAGAAAGUUGGCUAAAUCUACACUGGUUCUCAUUCUUGUGUUCGGUGUCCAUUACAUUGUGUUUGUGUGCCUGCCACACACAUUCACUGGCCUAGCUUGGGAAAUUCGGAUGCAUUGUGAACUCUUCUUCAACUCUUUCCAGGGAUUCUUUGUCUCAAUAAUAUACUGUUACUGCAAUGGUGAGGUACAAACAGAAAUAAAAAAGACAUGGACUAGGUGGAAUCUUGCAUUCGACUGGAAAAGCACAACUCACUGCAGUAAUUUUAGAUAUGGAUCUGUCCUGACCAAUAUGACCCACAGCACUAGCAGUCAGUCUCAGAUGGUAACUAGCUCUCGCAUGGUCCUGAUCUCCAGCAAAGUUAGUCGAAGUGUAAGCAAGCAGGCUGAUGGACACAUAAAUCUACCAGGGUAUGUCAGAAGCAACUCUGACCAUGACUGUUUGCCCCAAUGGAUCCAGGAAGAAACUAAUGAAGAUGAAGAAAAGCAAGUUGAUGACAUAUCAUUAAAAGAAAAGCAAAGACCUGUGCAAAUGAGUGCAGAGGUAAUGGUCAACAGAAAUGUAAUAGAGGAAACUUUAUAGUUAGCUUCUCAGGAACAGGAUCCUUACUACAUUCAGUCUCAAACGGGUAGACAUGAUUUUAAUGUUUGCUUUAUUUUUUUGUUUCAUAUAGAGAGGAGAACAAUUUUCCUUGGGAUGUUAUUGGCGCAUGGCUCAGUGAUUAGGUUUCAUUUACAGUAAGCAUGAUCAUGUUUAUAAGCAACAUACAAGACAUUUAUAAAAGCACAAAUAAUGAAAUUUGCUAAUGAUAAGUAUAAAUUACUUGAUCUGUAAGUAAAAUACAGUCUGUGAUGUAAGAUAUAUAUAUAUGUAUAUCUCAUGUAAAUAAUCAAUAUUGUAAAAUAUUAAAUGUCUCUAUAAAAGGUCAAGUAGUUCUGUUUGGAAACAUUUUUACUAAAUUCAGAAAGUAUAUUAACUGUGAAAUCAUGAUAAACUAUAGACUUAUUGCACCUCCCCCUCUUUUAAACACGAGAAACGAGUCUA